AUGGAACUCACUGCCCCGACGACCACAGCCUCACGGACACUUAGGCUUCAAAUCCUCACCGACGCCAUCGCCCCGGGGUACCAAGGCAGUCCCACCGUCGAGUGGCUCCAAAGCUGCGACACCGACUUCUCUCCUGCGGCCAUGCCAUUCGUCACUGAAAUCCUCACACAACUGCUCAACGGCCACGACUGCUACACCGACGCGACGCAGACCGUCCUCGCCUGGUGCAUGCUCGUCACAGACGCGCUCCCGCUCUUCCUCGCGUCCACGUCGGACCAAACCCAAGCCAUCUGCCUCCAGCAUCUCAACGAAGGCGACGACCUAUUCUACAACGCGCUCAAAGCACUUCAGCAGUGCGCGCUCCACUUCAACGCCGCCAUCGGCAAGCUCAAAACGCUCCAGAGGCAGCUCGACGCCGACUUUGACCGCGACAGCGCGUACCACGAAAAGCUCGUUGACCAGGCCGUCGACAAAUGGAAGACCUGCAGCCACACCGGGGGUGCCGCCAUCGGUGCUUUGGCUUGCAUUCCGCUCGGUUUACUCGGUCUUGUGCUGGUGGCCCCCGCUGCUCUUCUUGCCGGGGAGGCCUCGGAAGCCGUCAUUCGCGCAGCGUGGCGCGACGAGCUCAGCAACCAAUUGACGAUGGUCAGCACCAAGCUCAAGACGUUGACUGCGCAUGUGACCUCCACGAAAAAAGCCAUCGACUACGCGCUGAGCGUCCAGAGACACGAGGCCGAGGCGAUCACAUCGCUCAACGCCAACCGCUUGGCCAACAUGCCGCUUCGGUCGAUUCGUCCCGAGGCUGAGACCCUCGUGAGCAUGUGCAACGCGUACAUCGAAGCACAUCAAGGGUCGACCACAACGUCCGACGAUCCGUGA